CGGUGGUUGACUAUAGCAGCAGAGCCCAAAUCCAGCUGCUUGGCCUCCCACACUUACUCCAAUCCUCUACACCCGGCGGCGGGCCAUUCAGAGGGAGAAGAGAGGAGGAGAAGAUGGGAAAGACACUGGACUUCCUGUUGGGGAGGAACUCACGGAAGACGUCCAAGAUUAAGACCCUCCUGGGCCUCAACGUUGCCCGUCUGGCCAUCCUCCGCAACCACCGCCAGGUCCGGCAAGCCCAGUCCCGCGGCGACGUCGCCCAGCUCCUUCAACUCGGCGAUAUCGACCGCGCUCUCCUUCGGGUGGAGCAUGUGAUCAAGGAGCAGAACAUGUUGGAAGUGUUUGUGAUGAUAGAAGGCUACUGCCAUCUCAUCAUAGAAAGGACUGUCUUCUUGGAACACCAAAGGGAGUGCCCGGAGGAGCUCCGGGAGGCGAUAUCCAGCCUCAUCUUUGCUGGGUCGAGGUGUGGGGACCUGCCCGAGCUGCAGAGCGCUCGAUGUAUCUUUGCAUCCAAGUUUGGGAAGGAAUUCACUACUGCCGCAACGGAGCUGCGGAACAAUUGUGGCGUCAAUCCCAAGAUGGUACAGAAGCUGUCGACCAGACAGCCAAGCCUGGAAAACAGACAGAGAGUGAUGAAGGAGAUUGCCGCCCAGAAAGGAAUCAAGCUGGAUUUCGGCGAAGCAUCUGCUGAGGUUCCACAGGAGGAUCCAAACUUGAACCAGAGAAGGAACCAAAGCCAGCCAGUGGUGAACUUAUCAUCGGAUACCACCCACAAGCUGUCUGAAUUGGAUCGGGAAGAGAAUUUGUCAUUGGGAGGAAGGGAGCAGUACAAAGAUGUGGUGAGUGCAGCAGAAGCUGCAUUUGAAUCUGCUGCGUAUGCUGCUGCAGCUGCGAGGGCUGCAGUAGAGCUCUCCCGAUCAGAGUCACAAGUUUCCGGCGAUCCGGGGGAGCCAGAUAGCGGAAGGAGAACGGAAGCAUAUGAACAGAGAAGGGAUGAGGAUGAAACUUUAGGUGGAGUUAUAGACGAUGUCAAGAUGCAUCCUGUCCACAGCUACAGUUCGGAGUCAGAAGAGGAAAUACCGAUGAAGAACCCAAGAGCGAAGUCCAGGACAUGGCUGGAGAGGUCUUCAUCUUCUUCGAGCUCAGAUUCCACCGAGCCUCCUUUGCUGGAUAAAAACAAGGCUUCAAAUGAACUGGGCUCACCAGGGCCGAAGGGAAAGGAAAUUGUGUUCGAUACGAGUGACAGCGAGACAGAGAUGGAUCGGAAUUUAGGGGCGAAACCAUUACGGAAGAGUGAUUUAGCUUCGGAUGAACGCUUGUUUGACAAGCAACGAGUCACUAACCUUCGGCCUGCCUACCUAAGAAAGGCAGCAACAUUUAAUGUGAAGGACUCUUUAUAUGAGGAGAUUGGUAAGGUGGGAUUGGGAUCAAGAAAUGAGGAUAAUACUGCGUUGAAUCAUCCUGACGCAGGAUCUCAAACUGAGAUUGUGCCAAUGGAUCCUGCAGGUAAGGUGCCCCUGAGAUACUCAAAUGCAUGGAAGAAAGCCGUCUCCAUGAGGACCCGAAGAGGAUUUUAGCUGCAAUUUUCAAGGGGUCAAAGGAGAUAAAUUAACUUCAAGCAAGAUCCAUUAUACUCUUUCAUAGAUGGAUCAUUAGUUAUUUUCCUUCCACACCCGGUGCUAGAUUUGUAAAUUCAAUAUAUUGAUGUUGGAUGUAUUGCCAGAGGUAGUGUAAAUUUGCUCUGUAGUGAUGUCUGUUCAUGAGCUUGGAUGAGCCGGUGGGGGGGGAAGAAAAACUAUUUUGGCCUUGUGGUAAUGAAAUUUUUGCUCACUUCUGUCUUCAUUCA